ACGGAAUCAUUCUAGGGCUUCCAAAGUCAUGUUUUGGUGUCUCUCUCUGUAUUAAAAAGUAUGCAGGUUUGAAAACAAUCGUUUUCCGAUUACCAGAGAUUAUCAAGUUAAUUGAAAAAAAUAAGAAAAUGUGGAAAAAUCUGUCCAUGUUUGGUGGAGAUGAAGAAGAACACGAAGAAAAUUUAUUAGGUGAUGAAUCUGAUAGUCCAUGUUCAUCACUCUCACAAUUACAGAGAAUUUAUGGGUUCGCUGCAUCUUUGCUUGCUGGUCUCGUUUUUAUGCUUCUGUCAAUGAUUGUUAUCAUCAGACCUAUAAAGUUUGCACUCUUGUUCACCUUCGGCAAUAUACUAGCUGUUGGAAGCACAGCCUUCCUUAUUGGACCUGCACAACAACUAAGAAUGAUGUUUGAUCCUGUCCGUGUUUGUGCGACAGCAAUUUACAUUGGAAGUGUUAUUCUUGCUCUCAUCUUUGCUCUCGGGAUCCAUAGCAAGAUCUUAACAGCGGUAGCCAUCAUAACUGAAAUGUGUGCCCUUAUAUGGUACGGUUUAAGCUACAUUCCCUUUGCAAGGAGAAUGGUCUCUGAGUUGCUUAUCAGGUUUUGCGACACUGAGAUGUAAACAAAUGGUUUCAGCUACAUCUAUGAUGAUGGUUCUAGGAGUUUGGGUUUUCAGAAAUCUGGUAGAUAUUUCUUUGAUCAUUCUUGCAGCUUGCUCAUUAUUUUCGUUGCGGCGAGAGUUUGUGAUUAAUGUUUGUUGAGCCUUGUUGUGCUUCAAGUGUAUCAUGAGAUGCUCGUUUCACAUUUUGUGAAUGUUGAUUGGACAAUAUACACAUAUACUUUGUUGAAAUUUUAUUUGAUUGCAUCUUACUGUUUCGUCCC